AGGUGUAUAUAAAAUUAAGAUAAUUAGGAAUAAGAUUAUUAGGAAGAUUUUUUAAGAUAUCCCAGUUUUUUUUUGGUUGCAUAUUUGAUAUACUUUACGAAAUAAAUCUCGGCGGCAGGAUCAAAUACGAUGCUCUGAAAAAACGUUUGUAUUUCAAAAUUCUGUCAAUUCUGAACAGCCGAGGAUAUUUAAGAACAGGAUAUAAGAGAAUAUAUUAAUAUAUAUAUAUAUACAUAUAUAUAUAUGGGAACAUAUGAUAUAAGAGAGUAAGAUUUUCUUUUUUACCGAUCCGAACAAAUUUGAAACGGGAAACAAACGGGAUUGUACAAAGCAUAAAGUAACGAAACUCGAAUAAACCAUACGCGGAAAAAUCGUAAGGCAGAUUACAAAAGUUUCGUUGCUUUACAUUAUUCUUACGGUCCACGACAAAGGUAUAUAAAUCUUUGAGAUGGCGCCAAAAUUUGAAUUGUUUAUUGUAAACCUACACCGCGACCUCUUUUCCCUUCUCCCUUCUAAGCAAUGGCAAUGAUACCACUCCACGCACCGUACGUAUAUACACGUACACAGAUCGUGAAUUAGGCUGCAUAGGGUGCAUUCGGAGGGGGUGUGCGGUGUGCGCUGUGCGCGGACGGAUUGUCCGAUAGAAGAAAGCUAACGCCCAGCAUCCCGGCAGGUCGCGCGACUUUGCGCUUUGCGUAUCCCGUGAUAAGCAUCGAAAAGAGCGAUCAGUAUCAGUAUCAGUGCAUACGACCUCGUUCGCAAGGUCGAAUCGAGAUUUUUCGAUCGCUCAUUCGCGUUCGUCUUCGUCUUCAUCUCUCACAGCCACUUUGCGACGAUCGCGUACCGUUUCGUUCCGAAUCGCGAAUCUUUCUCGACGAUGUACGAUGGAAUCGAUCCAAAUGCACCGGAUACCCCCGGAGAUUCGCACCUCGCGCGAUACUCGCGAGUAAGUCUAACUAAUCGUAAACGCGAGAUCACCGGGUCCUGCCUAUACGCGAGAAUACAUCGACGUCGUCAUGAUGGAGCAACGUCGAUGCGAAAAGAAACGAGGAGGGUAGCGGAUUGAGCGGCAACCAAGAUAGCAACAGAGGCAACUCGCGCUCGUUUUUCCUUUAUUUCCGAGUAUCGCGAAAAGUAAAUAAUAAGCGCAGAAUUAUAAGUAAGAUUGAUCGAACGAAGAUGAAGUCGACCGUACCCGGCGUCUUUCUUUUUCUGUAUCUCUGCUGUGUGAAUUCGCCGAGUGUUACCACGAACUUGGAGCCGUUUUGCGGUGGUCAUUUGACGGAUCCUAAAGGCGUCAUACAUACGCCGAAUUUCCCCGGGCCGUUUCCGGUCCCGAUCAAGUGUCGCUGGGUGAUCGACGUGUCCGACAUCCCAUCGACCAAUAGCUCCAUCGUCGUCUACCUGACGCAGCUCUACGUCUACAAAGGACUUCGCUUCACCGAGUACGCGUACUACGAGUCCGAGACCAUGAACUUCGGAGCGGCCUUGAUGAAGGAGGUGACUGAGGGUAACGUCUUCGAGUACCGACGUCUUAGGACUUUCAGGCCAUUUCUGGUGGUCGAUUUUGAACUCGAUCGACUCGAAGGCAAUCACGUCAGAGUGUUGAACGACCUGCUCGACGUGUAUGGAUUCAAUGUGACAUACGAAAUGACCGAGCAACAUCCCAAUUCUGAAUCCUGCACUAUGCGCGAUUGUUCCUUCGCGGGAAACUGUCUCGUCACCGCGGAUUACACGUCUUUCUGGUGCGACUGUUUCUACGGUUUUAGCGGAAAAAGCUGCAACGAAGGUCCGUUAUGUUUCAAUGAUGAACAUAGUACAGUUUGUCAAAAUGGAGCUACAUGCAGACAAAUUGGAGCGGAAGCAAUGCAUUGCGAUUGUCCGAACGGCUAUGUCGGGCAUAACUGCGAAACUCGGCUUAUGGAUACUUUAGACACCGAAUGCGCUUCGGAAAAUUGUAUACUGCAAUGUCCACUCGACAAUCAGCAGCAACCGUGCAUUUGUAAAGAUGGCACGAAGAUAUACAACAAUCGAUCAAGAUACGAAUGCAGAAUCAAAUUGUCGAACGUUACGUCCCUCCGCACGGGCUUGACAUCUCAACAUGGAAGCUUGGAAUCAAUCGUCAGCAAACAGCUUGCAAAAUACUUAAGGAACUCCAGUAUCACUUUCAUGGAGGAAUUAAAAAUUCUGAACGUGACACCUACGGCCGAAGUUACGUUUCACUUCUUCGGAAAUUCCGACGAUGGGGAUAAAAUUCGCGAAUCUCUCAAUCGACUCGUACAACGUCGACGUCUCAGCGAAAUCUCAUUGGAAUCCACACACUUUACAUUUCAACAAAAACCCGCGCUUAAAUUACAGAAUCUGAGAAUUAAUCAAGUGAACGAUUACGAGAUUCAUUUGGGAGAGCAAAUCGUUUUAUCGUGCGCGGCUCAAGGAAGUAUAAAUUUUACUUGGUACAAAGAUGGCAUGUUGGUGAACACGAGCAAAGCUACCAGAGAAAUAUGCAUUAGCGAUUUGCCGAAUGACGGAUCGGACGUGUAUACGUCGGUGUUGACGAUCGAGAAAGCCACUCUGCUCGAUGCUGGUCAGUAUACGUGUCAGGUGACGGAUUGGAGUGUGCAGCAAUGCAAAAGUAUCUAUGUCGAAAUCAGAGACGAACCGGACGUGAAGGUGGUACCGAUGAGCGCCACUAUAGAAAAAGGUAGUAAUAUACAACUGACAUGUAUGACUCCUAACAUGCGUAACAUUGGCAUCGGAUUCGGUUGGACUAAGAAUCGCGCCUUGUUAAAAUUGGAGCCCGGUCAAGCAGUUUGGGAGGAUUUGUAUCCAGCGGGUAGCAUAUUAAAGGUUACUAAUAUUCAGAAAUCCGCAAUCUACACCUGCAACGUAGCACACAAAUCCAUGUCCGUCCGAGUUGAAGUCAUGAAUCGAACAUUGAUACCGAUAUGUCUCAACGGAGAAUCCUGGGGUUUGCAAUGGCCGGUCACUGCACCGGGAUCGGAGGCAUUGUUGGAAUGCCCUCCAUAUUUCGUAGGUCGACGAGUGUCCAGACUGUGCUCGAUGAAGGACGCUACCACACCCGAAUGGCAAAUGCCGGAUUUCUCAUCCUGCUUGUACGAGGCAUUGCUUUUACCCUACAAUAACUUUCGAAGUCUGAUGUUGGGUUACCAAAAUACCACGAGCUCAGACACGAUCCUCGCCUUUUGGGAGAUCUUGCGCAAGCGUACAUUGACGCUCUAUCCUGGCGAAGGCGAUCGCAUAAUGAGCAUGUUGGCGGAAAUCGAACGGUAUCAGCACAGCAUCGAUCCGUCGGAUGCAUAUAUCUCCGCGGAAGCUUUGACUCGUAUAACGAAUCGCAUAUUGAGUAACGAGCACUCGAUCUUGAGUCAAAAGAAAUUAUCGGUGCUGCUUCAGCUUACGCAACGCAAUUUAAUUCACUGGUCCGAACAAUUGAGAGAUGUGUGCAAACACCUACCCCUAUCAUCUAUGGUUGUGGAUAUUCAACAACUGCAGUCUCAUAGCGGGGAUAGUAUUACGCAUUCUCUUCACGUACCUUUGACCGAUUACGUAUAUCCUGAUUGGUACGAGGACAAAAUAACUAUACGAUUAUGGACCAAAAGGCAGCGCAAUAUAAAGUCUAACAGCACAUUUACUGGAAUCAUUAUCAUGUACAAAAAUAUGUCGCAUUUUAUACCAAGAGCAUACGUUAAGGAACUCGACGAUGGCACGGAUUUAGAAUUUCGCAUAAACUCCCGAAUGAUCACCAUCGCGAUUCCCUCCUUCGGCGCUGAUAAACACAACAAGAUCUGGGUUGAUCUGAAAAUCCGACAUUUACGAAAUCAAACGGGUUCCUGGAACACGUCGUGCGGCCUAAUGGAUAACACAGGAUCGUGGGAUCUCAAUACUUGCAUAGCAAAUACAGUAUCCGGCGAUGUAACAACGCAUUGUCUGUGCCCUACUAUGGGUACCAUUGCUGUUUUCUCGACGACUCGUGCAAUAAAAGUAGUAUUAGCAAAAACGGAGCAGACCACGUUCAUUAUAAUAUUCGGAUGCAGCAGCUGCCUUGUUCAGUGCUUGCUAUCUGCCCUGAUAUUAGGUACCUUUUGGUGGAAGCACAAAAGCUGGUUAAAUUUCUUAAAACUUCAGUGCUGCGGUGCAUUAAUCGGCGCGAUGGCAAUCUUCAUUUAUGCCGUCCACACUAAUCUCCCAGAAUCAUUUUAUUCGCUCGUAGCGAUCGGACUAGAAGCAUUUCUCCUCGUGGGUAUGUCCGCACCUAUUUCCGAGGCUCUGAUAGUAUAUGCCGAACUCACGCAGAUUCGACCGAGUCAGCAUCUUCAGCCGACAGUAAUCGCCGUGAUAACCGGUGUCCCGAUCUUGGCUGUAUUCGCGACCGAGCUAACACAUAAGAGUACUGGAUGGCGACAUGAAUCCUGGUGGCUCAUAUAUGGCAGUGGCGUCUACAACAUAUUUGUCAGCUGCGCCACGAUGAUGUUUUUAGUAUUCAUGCUAUUGUACAUGGGGGUGCUCCACAAAGUUCACACAUUAGUGGAGGAGAACGUGAUGAAGAGAGAAGCUAUAGAAACGAGAAUACGAAUAUUGCAUCGUGCGGCUAUCGUUAUAUGCGGCAUCAUUGCCAUGGAGGCAUCCUCUAUUUUCUAUAUAAAUUCAUCGUCCAUAAUCUUCCACUACGUAUUCGCGUCCUUAUCGUUUGCCCUGGGUUUCAAGAUAAUAAUUGUAUACAUCAUUAAUGGCGAGAUCGCUAUCAUUGGGCCAAUGUUGCGAAGAAUUAGAUGGAAACGCAACGUGGACGAGGAACACAUGUCAGAGCCCAUCAAAGUGUGCUCGAAAGCUGAUGCAGAUGUGGAGAAUGAUUCGGCGAUUCCUCCAGCAUCCUCUUCGAUCGUUGGCGAGAUACCGUACCGGGAGGUGCGAGGUGUCGCCGCGGGUAGCAUAGAUAUGCGCGAUUUUAUGAGUUCCGAAUCGUCGUCCGGAUACGCCAAUUCCGUCCCCGUUCCCGUGACCGGUAGAUUCCUGCCAGAGAUUCGAGUGGACCAUUCGGACGACAUCGAUCUGGAAAACUACAGUACAAGUCCGCGCAAAUACCAGGAACCACCGACUGUGUUCGUCGAUCCGAACUUUUCUGCGCGCGGUUCUCGUUGCGUCAACGACGUGGUGGCCUACAGUGGCGUCAACGAUCAUUGUAGCUUCCGUAACGAGUAUCGCGGCGACGGUAAGAUUUUUCUGCCGGUGGCGAGCGUGUCCCCCGAAUGCCCUUCGGCUAAGGUACUCUGUAGCGCCGAUGUGGAAUCGCGAUUGGGCGCCAUGCCGGACGUCACAUUGGCCGUGAAGAGCGACGUCGAAUUGUCAUCGCGGACGAACGCGGAGCUGAAGAACCGAGAGCACGUGGCGAGCGCCAUCCCGGAUAUCGCCAAUACGAGCGAACGUAAGCAGCCCGACGGCGAGGAAAAGACACCGGAAAUCGUGGUGACCGCGAUAGCUGGUGGCUGCGAUAGCACGACCAGCGGUAUGCUGGAUCGUAUCUCUCACGAUCUCGACUAUUUGCUUAAUCGCACGCACGCGAAAGAGGGAGCUUGA